AAAUAAUCUAUAAAAAUUGGUAUUCAUAAAUUGUGUUCUUUUAAACUCACCCAUUUUUUCAAUCAUGCCAUAUUAUCAAGAAAUUUAGGAUUUAACGAUUAACCAAACUAAAACUUUCAAAAAAACUGGCCACUUACAGUUUGCAUAACAAUAUCGUUGCAUUAAUAGUUUUGAAAAUCGAUACCAAUUUAAGAAUUUUACAUCACAUCUACACAUUCAAUAUACAAUAUUCGAAUCAAUGAUAUUUGGGUCGCAAUAUUAAAAUUAUUCUCCAUUUAUAAGAGGACAUAGAUGAAAUUUACUAUUAAACUCAAAUUAAAAUAAUUAAAAUAUGAAAAUUAAAAUAUCAAAUAACAAAGAAAGUACUUUUGUGAGAGUUAGUGGGCAAGCUAACAAUAGUGGAAAUGUCAUACAAUUUGUAGAUUUUAUGUUUUCAGAUUUUGUAUUUAAAAAGAUACAAAAUAUUUAUUUAGUGUAACUAGUAAUGGUAACGGGGAGAAGAUGGGUAGAAAAUAAUUAAUAGUUAUCUUUGAUUUGUUCAUGCAUUUAAUACAAACUUUCCUCUAUGUUGAAAUGUCUUACAAAAAUUGACUACUGAUAGACCAUUGAUCGCACGUAUUUUAUCUCCAUUCUUGAGUCGUUUGAGAUGUUGGUUCUCGUGUUUUAAGCCAAUUUCACGCUAGGUUGUGUGUUUAUGUCAUAUUUCAGGGUUUGGCGUUGACGUUGAGGCGAAGAAACGGGUUUCGGGUCUAAAGAAUGACGUUUGAGUUGAAGGGUGUUGGAGGAGCAAAAUACCCGGCCAUGAGCAAUAAUACCCGGUCGGGUAAAAAUUCCAUGGAGGCCGGGGAAAAGCAUUUUUGGACGUUGAGAAACAGAAUGGGUCCCGGCCAAAGAGCAAAAAUACUCGAUCGGGUAUUCGUGACCUUGAUCGGGUAUUAAGGCCUUCACCGCUGCGCUGCGUUUCGAAAUCCCCGGCCGGGCACCUGAAAUACCCGACCGGGGAUUAUGGCCGGGGAUCGCGAGCAGCUGGAUUUUAAGGGAAAGAAGGCCAAUUGUGAAGGGGUUCCGAGUUUUGGAGAAAGAAGUGAUACCUAGAGAGAGAAAGUGACGAACCAGAGUUCCCAAGCGCCUUAGAUCGAUCUUCAUCGUCAGUGGAGUCCGGACAACGCUUGGAGAAGUGCCGAUUGACGACCAGAAGCAGAACCUCAUUCUUCACAGCAUGUUUUCUGCUUAUGAGCUAGAUUUUGCUUCUCUCUCCAUGGAGUAACUUCCACAUUCACCUGGGUAUGAAGAACCCUAGAUUUGUAUGUUAGGUCUGAUUGUAUGAACCCAAGUAUGAAUCCAUUGAUUUGAUUAUAUUCAAUUGAGGUCUGAUUUGUUGAAUGGCAUGAAUCCUGAUCAAAUUCAUGUUGUUUCUGCUUUGACCUAGAAAGAGAAUAUAUGCCUAGGUUGAUAGAGCACCCUUGAUUGAAGGUAGUGAAUUGACGACUUUAGUCGAGGAGUCGGUUCACUAUCCUGUACCGAAUUUACUUCGGUAGUGGAGGUUUGGUUCGUUAGGGCCUCAAUCUGUUUACUCCAGUGGAGGUUAGUCGCCCGCUGGGGACUUAGAUUGAGAGGGUCUGGAGACCUUUAGUCGAGACUGCAGACUAUUAAGAACCUCCCGCAGUAUAACUAUCUUUGAAUUCGAACUUGGUAAAUUACAAUCUGGCUUAACUACAGUCUAGGGGGAACCAUAUCCUGGUGACCUCUCUCAACUUGAAAACAACCUUUUACUGCUUUGUUUGUUUUUACUUGGACCUUCACUACACUUUCACUGCUAAAUAAUAAGAAUUCACGGAGUAGUCAUCACACUUAGGACCCGGGUUGACAUUAAAUCCCAAACCCGCUAUACUACGCACUAGUAGGUGGUUGUACUUGGCCAUUUUCUAGUGUGACGGUAAAGGCGAGUCAACUACAUAGUUGAAGGACUGGCCUGAGCCAUGCCGCACUAUCACUAUGGAACUUGUUCUUUCUUCUUUUUUUUAAUAAUUCUUAAUUAUAAAUCUCUAGGUUCAUUUUUUUUGGAAAACGGAGCGCUAAGGGCGCUCCAACCUUUAACUAUUAGAAAUCAAUCGAGGGGUCUGAACACCAAUAAAGUCAUGAUACAACCAAUAAGCAAGAGUAGGAGAGGGGGCAUCAAUGGUAUGAACCCCUGGCGGGAGACCAUGACCCAAAUUUGCCAAAUAAUCUGCAACGACGUUCCCUUCCCUGUACGUGCGAAUAAACUCUACAUGCCACUCCAACUCCAAGAGUCUUCUACCUUUGCCACCCUUCGUAACGUGCAUUCGAUCUCCUAUUCAGUUGUACCUCAGAGGCACGGAACACGACUUGAAGGCCGCUAAAUGGCAUUUUAUAUCCAGUUUAAAGAUUUGAUCCCAAACUAGUAGACGAAUUUGAUUCGGACCCAAAGGUAGCUUCCAUCUUUGUCAAGCGUGACGAAAGAUUUCUUGAUUCCUUGGAUAUAUGCCCAACAAUUAGGUACUUUCUGCCCCAAACCCGGCAGUGCUUCCUUUCGUACCUCUCCUUUCAGUCGAGCAACUUCGUACCUCUCCUCUCACUUUAUUCGAGCUACUUCGUUCGAGUGACUUCUAACCUCUCCCUUACCUUCCCGUUCCCUAACCAUCGAGAGAACUACUUUAUUCGCUUCAUAGCUGGCUUUGCAUAGGAAGUCUGUUUGAACCACUAGCUGUCGAACUCCUAGUGCCCAAGCUGCUUUCAAGCCUUGUACAAUACCCGCUAGCUCUGCCUUCGUGAUCAAUCCCUCACCGAGAUUCAUUGAAAAGCCUCCCAAAAAUUUGCCAUCAUCACGUCGAACCACCCCCUGCUGUUGCUUUACCCGCCACCACCGAUCCAUCCGAAUUAAGGCAAGACCAGCCUUGUGCGGGAGGGUUCCAAACCACCAUACUCCUAGUAUAAUCCCCAUUUCCCUCGAACACCUUGGCUACCCAUCCUGCAGCCUCCUGUAUCUGCGACUGGAGCAUGAUAGCAUUGCUACGUAGCCUGCUCGUGGCCUCUAGGUGCUUCUCAAAUACAUGUUCAUUCCGAUUCUUUCAAAGCAUCCAACACAUCACCACAAACCUGGUAGGGUGGAUCAUCUUGCUCUUACCCGAUAUGUAGUGGAGAGCCCAACGCAUCAAGUCAGCCUGGAAAGAGGUGGUGUCCGGUUCCGUCCCCAGAAGCUCGGGCCAGGCCUCCCUUGCAUAAGGACAAUCCCGGACGACAUGAAGUGCAGACUCCCCUUUAGCACCACAAAUCGGGCACACAUCCGUGGUUGUAAGGUGCCGAUGUCUCCUUUCUCCAUUCGUGAGAAGCCGUCUAUGCGCCACAAGCCAGAAAAAUGUACAAAUAUGCUGGGGAGCCGGUAUACGCCAAAUUGUACGCCAAAGAGGAUGCGUACCACCUGGUUGUUCCUCUUCUCCAGUCAAGGGGUAGACUGUUUUGAGGGAGAAGCACCCAUCUGGGCUAAACCUCCAAACUGGUACGUCAUGCUCAUCUUCUUGGGGCACAGGGUGCAACUGAAUCUGCAUUACCACCUCAGGAGGUAAGAAAGCCCGGAGAUAUGUCAAAUUCCACUCACCGUUAAGACACCAUGUCGGCCACAAUGAGAGACUGGGCUUCCUGUGGGAGGGAUUGAGCCAAUUCCUCUAGGUUCAUGUUCCCGCACUCAUAGUCAUACCAUUGUUCAUUCCAAAUUUUAUUAUCUUUCACUAGAACAAAAUCUCGCCAUAUCUUGCAAUAUCUUUUGGCACAGUUUGACAAGUCCGUAUUGCCUUUUUACGGUGUUUCCGUAUCCGAUUGGUCAGGCAAGAGGCAGGAAGCGAAGACAUGAGACCUGUAGGAUGCUAUAAAUAAAUUCUAUGAUCUCUAUUCCUGGAAAUUAUACAUGAACUCCUUGCCUUCACAAAACAUAUAAGAAAUUACACCGAACAAGUUGGCCUUUUAACAUCUUUCUCAAACACAUUAAAUGGAUACAUCAGGCAUAUUUGGGUUAGCCCCAUUAAGUUCGUUCUACCAAAGGUGCCGCCUCUCUUCCUUUUAACGCUGCCCUCCAGGACUUCUGUUCCAUGAUAGAUAAGAGGGGUCUCCAAGCCGCCUGAAAUUAUCCAAAACACUGCUAGUCAGAUACAAAUGGCACACGGUUAUGCCUACUCAUGUCCUAGUAAUGCACACAUUCAGUUGUCUCACUUCAUCACUUUCCUAGUUCAUUUUCAAGGCCAAACGAGAUAAAAACAAAAGGACAGACAGUAGGCAUACAGACGCCCAAAACGCCAAUUAGAUGAAAAAGACUCGAUACACUAUAACGGCAAGAUUAUCAGGUGCCUGUGUUUCUAGAAAGAAGAAAAUCCUUGGGCAAUGCAUAAUUUCACAAGAAAUAUAUGCAACUAUAGGGAAUGCACAAGAUACCUACAUAGCACAAGUCAUAUAUGCAAAUCAUACCAGGGAAUGCACUAACUACCUACAUAACAUUGAGUGAUACAUGGUAGAAGAUCAGCAAAGCAGAAACCCAGUUAGUAAAAAAAAACAUCACUGUGAAAGGAUAGAAUGCUCUGGGAACUACAAAUCAACAUCAAAGAGCUUACCUGGGUUUCACAAGAUACACUAUGAUGAAACAUACUGCCAAGAACAGGCAUAACCCUCCAACUGUAAGGUAAGCAAUGCCGAGAAAGUCAUUCUUCCCACCGAGCCAGCUUGUUGUUGAAAGCACAAGUCUCUUCUUGCCAUUGAAACUGUAGGUAUUGUAGUGGUUGCCCAAUGUAACAUUUAUUGUAUCACCUCUGUUGAGAUCCACCUCUAUCCUCCCAUACAACUUUCUGAAAGUUGGUAGAGCUGCAGUUCUCAUCCACACAAUGAGAUCCUCCUGCUCGCUAAGCUGUAAAAGUAAUCCCAGUUCAAACAAGUCAAACACUUACCAAACAUUUCUCUGUAGAGGCUUACAAGGAUUAAUUUUAUUGGACGAUAAGCAUUCUGUAUCCUAUUUUUCUUUAUAAGAGAUAGUAGAGUUAAUAGAGUGGUACAAUAACAAAUUAGUAACAUCUUUGUAAGACUGGAUUGAGCAAAGAAAACGUCUUCUUCGAGCAGGAUGGCCCAUAAAGAGCUCUAGCUCUGUCAUAUAGAACAAUGAAAUCAAAGGCUUACCGGUUUCGAUUCGUUGAGACUCCCACCACCUUUGAGUCCUCCGCUCUGGAAAUUCUUUGGGAAAACAUUGUCACCAAACUUGUGGUCUCUGUCGCUCUUCCAUGAAAUGUCCUUCUUAUUCACAUUCAACGAUUCAUUUCCACGAGAGAAGCUAUAGGUAUCAUUAAAUAAACUCCAAGCUAUAAGACCACAUGGCACAAUAGCUGUUCCAUUAAUCAGAUCUUCAGGCUUACAAUUACUUGUAUCGUCCUGACUACUGUUACUUCUCAAUUGC